AUGAUUUAUAACGAAAAUAUCAAAUCGAUUAGUAUCUGCCUCACUGUUUGCAACUUGAAGUGCCAAAGAGCUAGCUUUUCUUUUUCAUUUCCCAUACAGCUUUUCUUUUCAUUUCUCAUAGAGCUUUUCUUUUUCAUUUCCCAUACAGCUUUUCUUUUCAUUUUCUCAUUUUUCUUUUUCAUUUCCCAUAUUCUUUUCUUUUCAUUUUUUUUCUUUUCAUUUCCCAUACAGCUUUUCUUUUCAUUUCUCAUAGAGCUUUUCUUUUCAUUUUUCAGUUUUCUUUUCAUUUCUCAUAGAGCUUUUCUUUUUCAUUUUCAGCUUUUUCUUUCAUUUACAGCUUUUUCUUUUUCAUUUUCUUUUCUUUUCAUUUCUCAUACAGCUUUUCUUUUUCUUUUCAUUUUUCAUUUCCCAUACAAGCUUUUCUUUUCAUUUCUCAUACUUUUCUUUUUCAUUUCUUUUCAUUUUCUCAUAGAGCUUUUUCUUUUCAUUUCCCAUACAGCUUUUCUUUUCAUUUCUCAUAGAGCAUUUCUUUUCAUUUCCCUCUUUUAG